UGCACGCCGAGCCGCGGGAGCCUCUUGAGCGGCCGCUAUCCCGUGCGCCUCGGCCUCCAGCGGGGCGUCGUGUCCGCGGCGUCCAAGUGGGGCCUCGACCCGGCGAUCCGCCUCCUCCCGGAGACGCUCCAGACCGCGGGCUACCGCACGGCGCUCGUCGGCAAGUGGCACCUGGGCCACUACAACGAGUCGCUGACGCCCGCGCGGCGCGGCUUCGGCGAGUCCUACGGCUUCUUGGGCGGCUUCGUGGACCACUUCACGCACGUCGCCGAGGCGCCGCCCGCGUGCGCUUCGGAGACGCCGGCGACGGACGGGACCUGCGCCUUGGACUGGCAGGUCAACGGCCUGCCGCGGCCGCGGGCCACGGGCGUCUACGCCGCCUACGCGUGCCGCGACGCCGCGCGACGGCUCGUCGCGUCCCACGAGGGCAAGGAGGAGCCGCUCUUCCUCUACUACGCCCUGCCGACGCCCCACGAGCCCAUCACGCCGCCCGACGACGUCGAGACCUACGACUUAUUACCGAAGCUCGACGUCGCGGGCCGGCGCCGCGACUACGCGGCCGUCGUCGCGGCGACCGACGGCGCGAUCGGCGACCUCCAGGCCGCUUUGCAGAAGCACGCGCUCUGGCCGAACACGCUCCUCGUGCUCCUCAGCGACAACGGCGCGUCGGCGGCGGGCGGCUCGAACGCGCCCCUGCGGGGCGCCAAGGGCGGCUACUUCGAGGGCGGCGUGCGGACGCGCGCGUUACUCGCCGGUUCUCUCUUGCCCCAGAACGUGCGCGGCAGCAGCCACGAGGGCCUCGUCCACGUCGCCGACUGGGCGCCGACCCUCUUGAACGCCGCGGGCCUGCGGCCGGACCUCGUCGCGGGCUUCGACGCCAUGGACGGCGUCGACCAGUGGGACGCGCUCCGC